AUGGCCUCGGGCACCGGAGACAGAGACCCAACGCUGAAGAGGUGCCUCGGUGUGCUCAGAGACGCGAGAAACGACAGCGAGCAGUUCGCAGCCCUGCUGCUGGUGACCAAAGCGGUCAGAGCCGGAGAAGUAGAUGCUAAGACCCGUCGCCAGAUCUUUGACGCAAUUGGAUUCACGUUUCCAAAUCGCCUGCUUGCCUCCAGGCAGCCCCCGGCGGGCUGCCCCGAGCACACCUUCCAGGCACUGGGCCUUACUCUGUUGGCAUGUUUCUGCACCGAUCCAGAGUUAGCUGGUCACUCCCAGAUCCUGAACAAAAUCCCAACCUUCAAUGACAUCCUGGUUUCCCCCAGCAAUCCAGACAGCAGGUCCAUGAUCGAUGACGUGUACCAGUGCCUGAGUGCUGUCAUGGCCACUACCAGGGGGCCCAGAGAGUUGGUGACCAAAGGGACAGUGUCUGCUCUGUGCCAAGCCUAUGUGAACUGCAGUUAUGGCUCUGACCGUGCCUUGGCGCUGCUCUUGGGACUACUGGCCGUGGCAGAGGCGAAGUGCUGGCAGAGAGAUGCUCCGCACCUCCUGGCUGUGCUGAACAAGCUCUCCAAUGAUUUUCUCAAGACUGAAGACAUGACCAAAUUUGAGCUGUGUGAGGUUGUGCCUCACUUCAUCCCCCUGUCUCGACCGCUCACGCAGGACUCACAGGGCGCUGAGUGCCUCCAUAGACUUUACAAAGGGCUGGCUAACAUCUUGGGCAGUAAACUCAGCCAGUCACAGCGGGAUCCUGCUCUGAAGCUUGCUGCCUGCCUCGUGCAGGCCUGUGGGUCAGAGUGGAUCCCAGCAGGGAGUGCUGGAAGCAAGUUCCUGGCCUUGCUGGUGAACUUGGCUUGUGUGGAGGUCCGCCUGACCCUGGAGGAGCCAGAUCCCUUGGAGGUGGAGGGGAAAAAAGAGGUGAUAAUAGCCUGCUAUGUCCUUAUUGAGAUGGGGAUCCAGGAGUGCCUGAGAGAAGAGAAACCACUGCUAGAAGAGGUGCAGAAAAUGCAGCUCAUGAGGAUCAUGGAGGAGGCAUUUGGAGCUGUAAUAUUCUAUUUGAGACAGGUUAAACAGGAGGAGCUACAAGAUCCUUUCGUAUUUGCUUCUGUUCGAAUCCUUGGAGCCUGGAUGGCAGAAGAGACAUCCUCCCUCAAGCAGGAAAUCUGUGAGCUAUUGCCUUUCCUUGUUCAUUAUGCCAAGAAGCUUUUCAAAGAGGGCAGCACAGCUGCGAGUCUUCCCCAGCCAGAGCUGAUCAGCAGCAAGGGCUCUGGCUUACCCCAGGAUGCUCUGAGAUUUCUGCUACCUGGCUUUUGCCAUUUAACAGCAGAAGACAGGCCCCGGGACAUCCUCAUCUCAGAAGGGGCACCAGCACUGCUGUGCGAGUACUUCCUGCAUCAGUGGGAGGUGCUGACCUCUGAGCCCGAGUCCCUGACUCCACUAACAAACACUGAAAUGAGUCUACAGACUGCGUGUGGGAUUUUCCUUAACCUGGUUGUGACUGCACCGGGUCUCAUCAGGCGAGACAAAACCUUUUCCUCCUUGCUGGACAUGUUGCUGAAGUCUCUUCCACUUCUGCUGCCCCAGAAAGAUCACCUGGUGCUAGCAGCGAACAUUGCCACUCUGGGCCUGAUGAUGGAAAAACAGCAGGUAAGAAGAGUUCCCAUUGUUCUUCAGGGGACCCAGUCUGCCAAGGAAUUUUUUGAAGCCGCCAUCCGCUUCCUGUCACAGGCCCACAGCGCCCAAGCAGACCCCGGCAGUGACUGCUUGGCCGUGGCCGUGUCGCCUGCCUACGCAAGUGCCUGGGCUGAUGUCUGUGAGCUCUGGUUCCUGGGGAUGCAGGCCUUGGCUGGCUGCGUGCCACUUUUUCCCUGGCUGCCGCAAGCCGUCCUCCAAACGCAGUGGCUGGAAGGCCUCUCGGAGUUGCUGACCCGCGUCGCUCCAGCCUCGGUGGACUUUGAACUCAUUGCUGCUUUCCAGGGUGUGUUGGUAGAGCUGGCCAGAGCCAGCAAGCCGUGCAGGGAUGUGAUCCUGUCGCACCACGGCGGGGAGUGGGCCAACCUUUAUGGUAUGGCAGCUUUGGAACAGUGUCUGUCUGAGCAAUGA